AUGUCGCCUCUCCCGCUCGCCGAGCCUUUGCUCGAUGAAAACGACCAACGGUUCACGAUGUUCCCGAUUCAGUACCCGCAGGUGUGGGAGAUGUAUAAGAAGGCUGAGGCGUCUUUCUGGACCGCGGAGGAAGUCGAUCUGUCGGACGACAUGAAGCACUGGGAGACGCUCACGAAGGAUGAGAAGCACUUUGUCUCGCACGUGCUUGCGUUCUUCGCCGCCUCGGACGGCAUCGUGCUCGAAAACCUCGGCGUUCGUUUCAUGGGCGAGGUUCAGAUUCCGGAAGCCCGCGCGUUCUAUGGCUUCCAAAUCGCCAUCGAGAACAUUCACUCCGAAAUGUAUUCUUUGUUGAUCGAUCAGUACAUCAAGGAUCCGGUGGAAAAGGACCACCUGUUCCGUGCCAUCGAUACCAUCCCGUGCGUGAAGAAGAAGGCUGACUGGGCGUUGAAGUGGAUCGACUCGAGCGACUCGUUUGCCGAGCGUCUCUUGGCGUUCGCGUGCAUUGAAGGCAUCUUCUUCUCUGGUUCUUUCUGCUCCAUCUACUGGCUCAAGAAGCGUGGCUUGAUGCCGGGCUUGACCUUCUCCAACGAGCUCAUUUCUCGUGACGAAGGUUUGCACCGCGAUUUCGCGUGCUUGUUGUUCAGCAUGUUGAACAACAAGCCGAGCGAAGAAACCAUUCGCAAGAUUGUCACCGAGGCUGUUGAAAUCGAGAAGGAGUUCGUGUGCGACUCUCUUCCGUGCGCGCUCGUGGGCAUGAACGCCGGCAUGAUGAGCGACUACAUUGAAUACGUCGCCGAUCACUUGUUCUGCUCUUUGGGCUUGGCCAAGGAGUACAACACGACGAAUCCGUUUGAUUGGAUGGAACUCAUCUCUCUUCAAGGUAAGACGAACUUCUUCGAGAAGCGCGUCGGCGAAUACCAGAAGGCGGGUGUCAUGAACUCUAUCGGGGGUGGCAACGCGAACGCGUUCUCCCUCGACGAAGACUUCUAAGCGUAACGGGCAUAUGAGGAAGUUAUUCUAUGAUUUUAGCGAGAGCGAGGCAAGAGUGUAUGAGUUAUCAGCGACGUCACGACGACGCGACGGUAUAUAUUCACAUCACAUGUAUCAACCGGUAGAGGGGAGUAUCUUAUAGCCACUCGAAUGGGCGGGUUCGAGGUCGGUCGUUCACGAUU